GAGGAAACAAGAGGCGGGAGAAGCUGGCUGACAGGCACCGGGGGUAGGAAGGUGAGAGCAACAGGAAUUUUUUUUACUUGGCUAAAGUGGAGGAAGACCAAACAAGAAUUUGUUUUCCGUAGACAAGUCAUUGUAAACAGCUCCCAACAAAAUCUUGGUUUUUGACACAUCCUGAAUCGGGUUACAAUGCCUGCCGCACCAGUUCUGCAACCUGUUCUUAAAAUGAAAGUUGAUGAACUCUUCCUCUAUUGGUUGAGUGAGACGACGACACAGUCCAUGCUGAAAGAUUACCUGAAACGAAUAGAGUCUGGUGAAACAAUUGAGGUAGGCAUUGGUGAUACAUCAAAUGACCAACCUCCAACUGUAAGCAAUAACAACAAACAUUCCACCUCCGAAUUGAACAUAUUGAGUUACUCUACUUCCCCUUUAGUGACUUCUAAAUUUUGUUCAAGUCCUCCAUCCCAGCUUACUUCAGCUCUCCCAUCUGGCACCGUUUUGAGUCCGAGAAAUGGAUUAAAUACUCGAGCAACAAGGAGAUCAUCGGGGAUUAAAGCUGUUCAAGCAAAAAAGGAGAACCCCUUGCCUCCAGCUCUGAGUGAGUGCAUUCCAAAGUUUUAUUUCCCUCAAGGUUGUCCAAAAAGAAACCUUGAUGUAGAUGCACUUAUUGCCAGGAUCGAAAAUGCCUACACACAGUUUGAUAAUGAAAGAGCAACUCUGGAAGACAUGGGAAAAAUUGCAAAAGUGUGUGAUUGCCCACUGUAUUGGAAAGCCCUGUUGUUUUGUGCAUCUGGUGGGGAACGCACAGGAUAUGUCUCUGUUCACAAGUUCAUCGCAAUGUGGAGAAAGAUCUUGCAAAACUGCCAUGAUGAUGCAUCUAAAUUCCUAUAUCUUCUGGCAAAGCCUGGAUGUAGUUACUUGGAGCAAGAGGACUUCAUUCCAUUGAUACAGGAUGUGGUAAACACCCACCCUGGGUUGACAUUUCUUCGAGAAGCUGCAGAAUUCCACACCCGGUAUAUUACCACAGUUAUUCAGAGGAUAUUUUACACAGUAAACAGAUCAUGGACAGGACGUAUAACAUGCACAGAAAUCAGGAAAAGCAACCUUCUACAAAACCUAGCCUUACUGGAAGAGGAAGAGGAUAUUAAUCAGCUCACAGAAUUUUUCUCCUAUGAGCACUUUUAUGUGAUCUAUUGUAAAUUCUGGGAACUUGACACUGACCAUGACCUCUACAUUGAUCAGAAGGACCUGGCAAGGCAUAAUGAUGAUGCUAUAUCUGGUAGAAUGAUCGAAAGAAUCUUCUCUGGAGCAGUCACAAGGCACAGAAAAACUCCUAAAGAAAGGAAGAUUGGUUAUGCAGACUUUGUCUGGUUUUUGAUUUCCGAAGAAGACAAAAAGACAUCAACCAGUAUUGAAUACUGGUUCCGCUGUAUGGAUCUUGAUGGAGAUGGUGUGCUGUCAAUGUACGAACUGAACUAUUUCUACGAAGACCAGUGUAAAAAGUUGGAGUGUAUGUCUAUUGAGCCACUGCCCUUUGAAGACUGCCUUUGUCAAUUGCUUGAUCUAGUUAAGCCAGAAUGUGAAGGAAAAAUAACACUUCAUGACUUAAAGAAGUGCAAGAUGGCAAAUGUAUUUUUUGACACCCUUUUUAACAUCAGCAAGUAUCUGGAACAUGAGCAGAAGGACCCAUUUUCUAUUCCAAGGGAUGUGGAAAAUGAUGGGCCAGAAAUGACUGACUGGGAGAGGUACGCUUUACAAGAAUAUGAAAAUCUGGUGGCUGAAGAAGCAGCGAAUGAAAACUGGAAUGACGGAUCUUUCUGAAAUGUGAUCAGCAACUAAGAAAAAAGUUGGGAAACCGAAAGGAGAAGACCCUGAAGUGUCUGUUGAUGUGUGUGGAGUCUGUUUUUUAAUUGAAUAUGAUAUUUUGUCAGUAUGUCUUCACAGUUGCCGCAUGUACUUGUCACACUCUGCAGCUGGUCUGCUUUAGAGAAUGUUUAAAAACAAGCAACAUACUUUAAAGGAAAAUUUAGAAUUGUGUAACUCCAUGCCCCUCCUCUCCCUGGUUGCCUGCAAUCAGUUAAAACUUACUUAUUUAAAGAAAAUUUUGACACUCAAAUUUAAAAAUUAUUUUUAGUGUUGGAGGAGUCAAACUCUUCAUUUAUCCCAAUCGUAAGUUUGAAUACCUUUGGCAAGAACAGAUAUUUAUAAAGGCAUAUUUGAUAGUAUUUGAAAGAUAGCGGGGUAAACCAAACUCUCGCUUACCUUUCUCCAGAAGUGCAGAGUAUAUCCACUGUGCAGGUGAACAUAAAUGACUUGAUUAACUCUGGAGAAAGCACAAUGUCCAGGCAAGUUUCCUCUGGUUCGAAAACAAGUGUACUUUUUUUUUAAAAAAGGGAAGUGUUCUGCACUCUGGGCACUCUCUGUAGUUGCAGCCCUCUGACUGGACAUUGGGGUUUAAAAAUGGUAAUGGAAAGCAUGUGUACAAUAUCCACAGUAUUAUCAUUCUGAAGAAACCAAAGUGCUGCUUGUAACUGUUGCUUGCUAUAUGUGGUGCACAGAUGUAUGGCAGUUAGAUUAUUAAAGAGCACAGAUUUUUGUCUAUUUUUUGACCAAGUUACUUUUGCAUGCUGCAUUGAAGCAGCUGAAAACUUCCUUUGUUCUGAAGAAAUGCAGAAAUCUGGACCGCUUAAAAGCUUAUGACAUGGUAACCACAGACACCUCUGCUGUCUAAUUUAUCGUAUUCAUGUUUGAAUCAAUUGUCACUACAUUCCAGUUUACAGAAAUAAAUCACUCUUGACCUACAAACACGGUUUAAACAUUUCCAUCCCACAGUUGCCCAGUGAUGACUCUGCACUGUCCUUAAGAAUUAAAUGUGCCUUAAUUUUUAACGGGUAAGAUUUUUACACACAAUAUUUGAUAAAUGAAAUUUUGCUAUAGCAAACUUGUAUGUUAUGAGGCUAUGUUGUACAUAUUUGAUACGUUUGUGUAUAAUUUCUUGAUUUGUAGAGUCUUGCAGUGUAUAUUUGUGUUUUAGUACUAAAUCAUACUUUUCAGUGUUGAGAUCAUGUUCUUAUACAGUUUUUUUUGAAAUAAAGUAUUUAAACCUA